AUGUUUACCUCUCACUUUUCUUCACCUCUCACAUUUCUAACCGUAACAGCUAUUUUAUUGCUUCAAACGAAUUAUUCCGUUUGUACGAACCCUAAUUCGUUUAAUGCUUCUCUCGGUGGUGGUUUCUCGUCUGCAAUAGCGACGUGGUACGGUAGCCCCGAAGGACCUGGAACUACCGGGGGAGCUUGUGGAUUUGGAGUUGAUGUGCAAAAUCCACCAUACAACAGUCUUGUAUCUGCAGGAAGCAACGAUAUAUACCUUAACGGAAAAGGCUGCGGUGCUUGUUAUCAGGUAAAAUGUACGGAAAAUUCAGCGUGCUCAGGGUUUCCAGUUACCGUAACAAUUACAGACCACUGUCCCAGUUGCCCUGGAGCUUUUCACUUCGAUUUGAGCGGAAAAGCUUUCGGGUAUUUAGCCAAACGUGGCCAAGCUGAUCAAUUACGAAAUGCUGGAGGUAUCAAUAUCCAAUAUCAAAGGGUAGCAUGCAACUACAAAACGGGCAUAUUGUUCAAGAUCGAUGCUGGUUCGACCGCUAAUUACAUGGCGUUUGCGAUUGAGCUUGUGAGCGGAGACGGUGAUAUCGGUGCUCUCCAGUUGUUGCCAUCGAAUACCGGAGCGAUUAACAUGCAGCAAUCAUGGGGUGCCACGUGGAAAGCAGAUUUGCCUAAUGGCACAAAAGGACCUUUUACGGUGAAAGUGACUACUAUUGAAUCAAGAAGAACUAUUACCGCCACCAAUGUUAUUCCCGCCAAUUGGAGCCCCGGCCAAUACUAUCACUCUGGCGCCAAUUAA